GGCCCGCUGAUCUGACGUGACGCAAUUAGCGCCUGGCCGGCCGGGGCGGGGCCCGUGGAUAUUAGAACGAUCGAAGAGGACAUCGGUGUGUGUUUUCGAAGCACAUUCAGCAAUCAAGCCCUUGGUGUUUCAAUCUACUCAGGAGUUGCCAAUUUGCAUAGCAAACAACCAUGGGGUGUGCUUGCCUUGGAUCACCUACAGAUGAGCCGGAUUCAGGGCGUCUGAACCCGAAGAAGGAGAGACACUGCACAGACAUUCUAUGUACGCUCCUCUUCAUUUGUUUCUGGAUUGGCAUGUUCUUGAUAGCUGGUUAUGCUGUUGUAUUUGGUAAUGUACUAAGGGUUGUUUUUGGCUAUGAUAGCUAUGGCAAUGUUUGUGGGCAGAUGAACAAACCGAUAGAGAAUGUAAGCUUGUCUGGAAUGGACAUGACAGACCGACCAUUUGUCUUCUUCAUGGAUGUACGAUAUCCCAAGGACUCCCUUGAGGUCUGUGUAAGCCAGUGUCCUAACAGGGUGCUAAACUCAACCACUGACUACAAGACUUUUGCAGAGGAAACUGAUUCAAAAAUCUGCAAUUACCCUGUUGAUUUAGCAGACUAUGAAACUGCAGGAGUUGGCAUCAAUGGACCAUGCCCCAAUGUUGUCUUUGCCAGUAAGCCCAUCAUCAAUCGAUGUGUUCCUCAGGAUCUUUUUGUCAUUGCCAAGGAAUACAUUGAGAAUAUCAUCUCAUUCUUGAAUGCCUCUGAGCUCCUAUCCAAGGCAUUAGUUGACCUCUACAUGGCUAGAUGGAUCAUCCUUGCUCUCUGUGCUGUAUCACUUGUCCUGUCCUUUAUCAUGGUGGUUUUAAUCCAUCUAGUAGCUCAAGUCAUAGUGUGGAUCAUCUACUUUGUUUCUGUCAUCGGUUCUAUCGCUGGUACUGCUGUUCUGUGGUGGACUUAUGUAAUGAAGAAGAAAGCUUUGGAUGCAGUAGAGCCUGCAAUGCAGCUUGAUGCAGAUGUGCGAAAUGUGAAGGCUUUUCUUGGUUUCUCUAUUGCUGCUACUGUAUUCACUGUCAUAUUGUUUCUCAUCAUCUUGGUGAUGUGGAAACGGGUAGCUUUUACAGUGGAACUGUUUGGGCAGGCUGGCAAGGCCAUCAGAGCCAUGCCUUUCCUGCUGAUCCAACCUUUCUGGACGUUCAUCAUUCUCAUCAUAUUCUUUGUUUAUGUCACCAUCGUCUUCAUUGCAAUCUCGGCAACAGGCUAUCCUCUAGUGACUGAACCUCAUGGCUAUGUGACCUACAACCCUCCACAGCCUGUACGCUAUAUGUGGUGGUACCAUGCUAUAGGGUUUAUCUGGACAGCUGAAUUCAUUCUUGCCUGCCAUCAGUUUGUCAUUGCUGCAUGCGUUGUUGACUGGUAUUUCACAAGAGACAAGAAAAGUUUUAGUUCUCCUAUCCUACGCUCUACCGGUCGAUUGAUCAGGUAUCACAUUGGUUCCAUGGUGUUUGGAUCCUUCAUAAUUUUACUUGUCAAGGUACCCCGGGCAAUCCUCAUGUACAUCCAAUACAAAUUGAAAGACAGUCAGAACCCUAUAGCUCAAUGCAUUCUCAAGUGCCUCAUAUGCUGUCUAUGGUGUCUAGAGAAGUUUCUCAAGUUCUUGAACGAACAUGCCUACAUCAUUAUUGCUAUUGAAGGAGAUGGUUUCUGUAGUUCUGCUGCAAAGGCCUUCACAGUUCUGUUGUCGAAUGCCCUGCGUGUAGCGGCUAUCAAUUGCGUAGGUGACUUUGUCCUCUUCUUGGGCAAGCUGAUGGUUGUUGCUAUCACAGCAGCAAUUGGUGUUGCCAUCAUGGGGACGAACGAGAGUCUGCUCUUCUAUGCCAUUGCGGCAUUGAUAGUUGGAAUAUUUUCAUACUUUAUAGCAAGCAGCUUUUUUCUUGUUUAUGAGAUGGCUGUGGAUACCCUAUUGCUCUGUUUUUGUGAGGAUGCUCGCAUCAAUGAUGGCUCCCCUGACAAACCAUACUUUAUGGAUAGAGAUCUUAUGGAAUUUGUGAGUAACAGUACUGAUACUAUCGAUGGCUUGGAGAACAAAAAACGAGUAAGGGUGCCUACUGAAGAUCAACCAGAAACACACUCUAAACCCCCACCGUCUGUUCCUUCUGAUGCUGAAGAUCAACCUGAUUCUGCUCAACCAGCUACUGAAUCACUUACAUCAUCGGAGCCUGCACAGCCCACCCAAUCAGAUAAUAUUGAAAUUGAGGUUCCUGAGGGAGACAGAGGAGGAACCUCUCCAGCUGUGGUGUAAUGACUGUCUAUUGCAAACUGCCUUCAACAAGCAGCUCAACUUUCUUGUUUUCAUCACCCAUGUUUCCUUAUCUUCUGUUUCUUUGUAUGGAUUUGAUUUUAUGAUUUUUUGUCUUUGAUUUUAAAACUAUAUUUUGAAAUACUGUAAUGUCUUGAGAGUCAGGGGGUGAUUCACGGACAGUUAAAAUCAAUGUUUGCAAGAUGAAGACCAACCAGAUAUUAGAUUUUAUCUCAUUUCAAAGUUGAUUCAGUUUGUUGGUGAAUUAGCCCCAGUUAUACAUUUUCAGUGAACCAAUAAUUACAGUGUGCCCCCCCCCCCCCCAAUAUAACGAAACUGUGAUUGAUCGAUGAUUUAUCAUUACUUAAUAAUAAUUUCAAUAGACAAAUGACCUAUCAUUGUAGAGUCUCCUAUUUCAGCUGGUAUAACACAGAAGAUUUAUCAUUGAAAGAGCAAUUGAUUGAAUACAUUGAAGAGAGGAUACCAAAAAGUCACUUCGUGGGCAGUAUGUGUGUUUAAUAAAAAAAAUCACAUUUUGAAAAGUUCAAUAUUUGCUCUUUAAUUUGAUACCUCAAUCACAGAAAGUGGUCCAGAAAUUACACUUCUGUUUUUUAAAUAAGACGUGAAGUCUGAAAUAUAACAUGAAGAGGUUUUACAGGUAAGUUGGACAGACUAUCUUGACACUCUGUUUUGUUGAUGAUCAGCCAUGCAUGAAGCCAUCAUAACUGUGUGUUCGAUUUGAUGGGAAAAUGGAAAAAAAACUUUUGUUAAAUGACAUUAUGACAAUACAAGCAUUGUUUCAAAGAAACAGAACUUUGUUAUUUCUUAACCAUUUUGUAAUUGAGGUAUCAAAUCAAAGAGCAUAUAUUUUAUUAUACUUUUCAGACGUGAUUUCCUUUUUGAACCUCAGAUACCACCUGCCAAGUAUUCUGUUUGGUAUCCUUUCUUCAAAUUGUUUUGCUCACUCGUACGUGAAUGAGAAAUCUUCUGUUAUACCAACUGAAAGAGGAGACAAUAAUAGGUGAUUUGCCUAUUGUAUUUGUGAUUAAGUAAUGAUAAAUCAUCAAUAAAUAUUGUAUUUGUUUUCUAUAGGAUGCACUUAAUUAUUUAAGACAAAGAAUUGAAUUACUAUUGUACAUGUAGAUGUUAAUAUGAAUUUAAAACUAAACUUUAAUAUGAAUACUUUACAAUGAAGGCAGCUGGGUGAUAUAUGUGAACCAUAAUGAAUUUGAAAUUCUCUUAACUACUAGUACAUGUAUAAUAUUGAUUUGUUAAUUUUUUUUCCAUGUCAUGUGCUGGCAAAUAUGGUGGAAUUAAUAUUGUAAUCAGCAUCAGUUGAGACUGUUGCAUGUUUUCCUCCAAAAUAAUGAUUCACAUGUGUGUCUACCUAUUUCUAUUGCUAUGGCUGUAAUAACUAUUUUGAACUACAUAACUGUAAUACUAUGCCUCUUCACAAAUACAUAUGGCCACUUAAACUCCCCUUUUGAAUUUUUUUUAUUCAUCACUAUUUAUGUAAUUCUCCCCAAUUCUAUUUGUAGGCCUACAUGCUGAAUGCUGAUAUACAUGUAGAUCAUGAGUGAGUGAACUGAAUCUGUGUUCAUAUAUUUCCUCUAUGCAGUGUAAGAAAUGAUAAAGAGAUUUAAGUAGUUUCUUUCAUUGGUAGUUUACAGGGAUGUUGUAAUCAUUGUGUACAUACACUGUAUACAAUUCCAGAAUUCGAAUGAUUUUAUCCAACGCAUGAAUUGGAUUUUCUGGAGCUUACAAGUUUUGCUGUCUUCGAAAGUGGAGAUGAUUACAAGUGAUGACAUGUAUGUAAAAUUCAGUUUUUGUAUCUUAAAACAGUAUUCGUUAUUGUUGAUGAUACUAAAAAUAUAGAAGCUUAUAUUAUUCUAAUAAUUUCUAUGAUAUUAAAGAUGCAUAGAAAUAAAAGAAUGCACUGAUAACUCAAAAACACAACAAUGAGUUGCUAAAAUUAGACUAGAUACUGGAUCUCUGAAAGUUUACUUCUACAAGACCAGGGCACCAUUUCAUAAAAAGUUGCUUCUAAAGCAACUCUUGCUGGAAUGUCGACUUCCAUUGGAAGAGUCAAUCAGGGGAGCGUUUCAUCAAUAUUUUCAUCCAACAAGUUGUCAGAUCUGACAUCUUUCAAUGAUUUUGAUUGGCUGAUAGGCACUGUUCCUAUGGUAACUGUCGGAUAAAACGUCUGACAAGUCCUUUCAUGAAACGCCCCCCAGGAAGUAUUCCUCUUUUUUGUUUUUUUUUUGUUUUUUGUUGUUGUUUUUUGGCACAUGGAACUUUCUAAGAAAAACAAAUGUCUACUGAUCAAAAUGGCUGCCUGUUGUCAGCCGAUGCAUGAAUGUAGGCUCACUGAUUUCGCGCAUGCGUAGCUCCUCGCAGAAUCCGGUAACGAGAAUUUAUGAGAUAAAAUGAUUAUUUCACAUUAUUACAGCAAUUUAUAUUUAUGAUGAUAAAAGUUGUUAUUCUUUGUGUGUAAACUGCCUACCGUAUUUUGUUGUAUUUUGAAGAAGAAAAAAUCAUAUUCAGAAACUAAAAGACAAAGCUUGUAUACAAAGUAUUCAUUAUUUUUAUUUCUUUAAUAAAAAGAAGCGUAUUUAUCAGCGCAAUGUUUGUUUGUAGACCAUAGAGGCUUGAUAGAUUAAACUUCAUGGCAUGUAUUUUAUCCCAUUAAACUACAUGUAUUUAAAAAUAAAACUGCUAAUGUCAUGUUUAACUUCUUGAUGUACAUAUUGUAUCCAUGUUACUUGAAUAGCCAUUCAUUUGUCUAAUUAUGCAAUUGACCCAGACUCAGAAAUGGAAAUUAGAGGGAAAAUGUAUGCCUCUUGUACAAGAGUAGACCAGUUCCAUGCUUCACAUAUGUAACAUGUAUGAUAUCAGUCUUGCCUAGAGGGGAUCAUCACUCUGACAUUUAAAACGAGAUUUUAAAAACCUCAAACUCCCAAUGUUGAAUGUCCACCUAAACAAUGUUACCUGUAAACAACAAUACUAUUUUAGCUGAAUAAUAGAGAAGAUUGAAUCAAGUCAUGAAAGUCUACCUUAUUUUGAGUUGCUGAUGUCUCUGUCUGAUUUUGUAUAACACAUUUCAUAUUAUGAUUGUUGUAAUUACUUCAUAUGAAAUUAUCUCCAAGUAAUAUAUUUGUGUAUAGAUAUUUUGCCUGAUGCUACAUGUAUUUGGUUGGUAUAUUGUUCUAUCAAUGUUAUUUACCGUAUUGCAAAUUUUGUUUACAGUAGCUUUUGCAUAGAGUCACUUGUACUGCAUACAAAUGAUUCACAAUGAAACCCAAGAAAGCCAAACAGAGUGAUGAUUAUCAAUGAUAUAACCUAAUCAAACAUACAAUAGACAAAUGCAGAGUGGCCAACUAUAUUGUACUGAUUUUAAGUAUUUAGUACUGAAAAAUGAGAACAAUAUUGAUGGUUUCAUGCAAAAUACUGAUUUCUAAAGUUGUUGGUUUUAUGUGUUGUCCUAUGGUAUUUCCUAAUAUAAAUAAUGAUUUUAUAUUACUGACAUGUUCUUAUUAAGGUUGGCAGCUUUACCUAUCAUUAUAUAGCACCUCCUUCAUCAGGUAUAACUUACAUGACUCACCUUUCAUGUGUGAGUGAGCAAAAGCAUUUUGAUCAUGAACAGAUUGAUAUCAAAGGGACUCUUCAAGAUCAUGUGAUAAAGAAAUCUGCAUAUUUUUUUGUCUCUUUGUAAGUUCAGCAAAAAUAAAAGCUCUUUGAUUGUUUCAAAGAAUUGAAACAGAAUUUGUAU